AUCCGCACCUGCACUCCGUAAGGUAACUCACACGCGCCGGGACAAGCCCGCGACACCAUCCCGUCCUCAGAUCAGUGGCGGCGCAAACCAACCAAAUCCAGCCUUGCUUUUUUCCCAACAAGAAGCUGAACCUGAAGCUAUCGACUUUCUUCCACGCUGCCUAUUUGGAAACCGCCUUGGAACCUUUCACUUGACGGGGCCAGACAGUUUGGACCCAGGAAAACAACGCGCCCGACGGUGACCUCCAGCUACCCCUCCGCCCCGUGCCAGACAGACUCCAGUACCUUCGGUUCAAGGUAGGGCAGAGGUGCCUUCUGUCUCCCACCUCCAGCGACCCUUUUACAUUCACUCUUCUGACCGCCACCAGAAAAAGAAGAUAUCCUUUGACUGAUUUCUGGUCGGUACCAAGUGCAGGAGGGUAUUUCACGAAGCUACAAAUUUUCCUCUUCAGCUACCUCAACAACGGCAAGCGCAGACCUUCACCAUGGACGAGGAUAUUUCCAACUUCGUCGCCAUCACGGCAGCCAGUCCGGAGGCCGCUCGCGGCUUCCUGGAGAUGACCAACAACAAUCUCGAGCAGGCCAUUCAGCUUUUCUUCGAGAACCCAGACAUUCAGAGCAGCUUCAAUCAGCCAGCUGCCACCUCUUCGACAGCCCCCCCCGUGCCCUCGAGCACCCGACCGAACAUUGGACGGCAGGACGAGCGCGGGGUCAUUCACAUAGAUAGUGAUGACGAUGGCGAUACUGCCAUGACGGUGGACGAUAUGGACGACAACUUCGGACACGACGACUCUGAUAUUGCGGCAAACGAACAGGUGGCGGCCAUUGCCCGAAGUGCCCAAGAGGAAGAGGACGCCGCCAUGGCCAAGAGAUUACAAGAGGAACUCUACGGUGGCGGACCUGGAGGUGGUGGUGGUGGCGGCGCUGGAAUCGGCGGUCAGGAUGAUGUGAGAUCACCUAUCGCCAGAACCACCGAGACUCUGGUCGGAGGCUACGAUGGUGACGAUGGUAUGGACAUGGAUACCAUCAUCCGGGCACAAAUGAGACAGAGAGAUGCCGCCAGAGCAGCUCGAGCUGGUGGUGGAAACCCCUUUGCUCAUAACCUGUCUAUUUGGGAUGAUGACAGCCCAGCUGCAGCCCAGCCCGCUCAACCCGCUGCGACAGAAGGUGGCACGCGAGCCCAGAGAUUGGCAGAGCUUUUUCGGCCGCCCUACGACAUCAUGUCCAGAUUGGAGUGGGACGAGGCGAGGCAGGAGGGCAAGGACGAGAAGAAGUGGAUCCUCGUUAACCUCCAGGAUAUGAGCGACUUCAACUGCCAAGCCCUGAAUCGGGAUAUCUGGAAGGAUGCGGCUAUUCGGCGACUGUUGGAUGAUGCCUUCAUCUUCCUGCAGUACGACAAGGACGCCAUGGCGGCACAGCAGUACAUCAACUUCUACUUCCACGGCACCGGUCACGAGAACCCAGACAACUACCCGCACGUCGCCAUUAUCGAUCCGAGAACAGGAGAGCAGGUCAAGGUAUGGAGUGGGAGACCAUUCCCCAGCGCAUCAGACUUUCACGCGCAGCUGGCCGAAUUCCUGGACCGCUACAGUUUGGCGGCGAACAGUAAGAACCCUGUGGUGGACCAAGCGGCGCCCCGCCCCAAGACCGUCGAUGUUGAUCGAAUGACGGAGGAUGAAAUGCUGGAAAUGGCAUUGCAGAACAGUCUUGCGGCGUCCAACGGCGGCGCCAGCAGCUCCAAGCCCAAGACUGGCGUUUUCGACCCCGAUGCGCUCACCAAGUCAGACUCAUCCAGCGGUCAAGGCAAGGGACAAUCCCCGGCCGAGGAGGCAGCAGGCGGCAUAACCCCUCCUGCUGAGCCGGCAGUGACGCAGACUAUCUGGGCCUCGAUUGCGACCAAUAAGCCGCACAAGGAGCCGGAGAACAACCCAGCAACGACGACGCGGAUACAGUUCCGACACCCCCAUGGACGUGUUAUCCGUCGAUUCAACCUGGACGACCCGGUCAGGCGCAUUUACGAGUGGCUUAAGCAUGAUCCCAUCGAGAACAAGGAUUUCAUCGAGGUCGAGCUGAAGCGCAUGCCACAGGGCCAGGACCUGAGUAAUGAACUGGAGACCACCAUCAAAGACGCUGGACUCAAGAACGGGACUGUUAUGAUUGAGUUCAUUGAGGACUAGAGCUGGCGUGCGUCCUCUUCGACGACUGAUGAUUCGGGCAAAGUCGGUUAGAGAACAAAGUGCAUUUAUCAGCAGGGUCAGGGCAUGGCCGAUAGAAUUGGAACUGGGCAGGCGGAAGGAAGCCUUGUUUCAAUGUUGUUGUUUUGGGCUCUUCUCAUACAUACCACGAUAUCCGGCAAGGGCAGGCAUGGAAGGAUGCAGUUUAUCGAGGAACAAGGAAGCCAGACAGAGACAAGUAGCGGGCCAGAUGAUUCACAGAUGGCCACUCAACAAAGGUAGACGCUUGUUAACACAGAGACAGCAUCAAUAGACACGGGAAAUGACAGUAACUGCGAUCAUAUUA